AGGCAGGAAGCACCACGUGGAUCAUGAUACGGCCUACAAAGGGGGCGUGGACGUGCAAGCAGAGAAGUGGCAGAUGCUGAAAGCAGCCUGGGCUGGGGCGGUCCAGCCCGCACGGAGGUUCCCGCAGCGCGGGCCCGGGGCAGGCAGCCACACACUGAAGGACGGGCCGACCUGGGAGCCGGAAGCCGGGCUGACAGCAGCCGCCACGAGGGGGCGGCCCAUCAGCCACAACCGCAGGCUUAGCGCCCCGCAGACACCACCGCGGAGGAGGCCCAGUAAUGACCAAUUGCCUCCGAGCCCUGUCUGGACAUUAGAAAUCUGCUGGGGGAGUGGUGACUGUUCCUUGAGGAGUCAAGGGCUAAAUUGCAGCAGAUGGAGAUCCAACUCAAUUAUCUAUCUGAAGACCACCAACAUCUGUCAGAUGAUGAGAAUAGGACCAAGAUUGGAGAGCUAGCUUCAGAGGAAGAAAUUAUGGCAUUUGAACCACUGACUGAAGAGGCUGACAGUCACAGAAAUGAUGUUCUUCAGUUUUCUGAAUACAGAGAACUCUGUGACUUUGGUAAGACAUUAAGUGAAAAGGACCAGAAUCUCUUUAAAGAUACACAGUAUAACUGUGAUGAAUGUGGGCAAAGCUUUUCUUGGACCGGCCUUAUUAGGCAUCGAAGAUCCCAUUUGAAGAAACCCUAUGAAUGUGACAAGUGUGGAAAAACCUUUAAUGUGAACUCAGCCCUGGUUCUGCAUCAGAGAAUCCAUACUGGGGAAAAACCUUAUCCUUGUAAUUGGUGUAUGAAAACUUUUAGUAGGAGUUCAGACCUUAUUAAACAUCAAAGAGUCCACACUGGUGAAAAACCUUACAAAUGUAAUGAAUGUGGAAAAGCAUUCAGUCAGAGCUCAGAUCUUACUAUACAUCAGAGAAUCCAUACAGGAGAAAAACCAUACCAGUGUAGUCUUUGUAGUAAAAGUUUUAGCCAGCGCUCAGAUCUGAUUAAACAUCAGAGAAUUCAUACUGGAGAGAAGCCUUAUAAAUGCAAGCAGUGUAAUAAACGUUUUAGUCAGAGUUCUGAUGUCAUAAAACAUCAAAGAAUCCACACUGGGGAGAAACCAUACAAAUGUAAUGUGUGUGGAAAAGCCUUCAGUCAAAGUUCAGAUCUUAUUCUCCAUCAGAGAAUCCACACUGGGGAGAAACCAUAUCCAUGUAAGCAAUGUAGUAGAAGUUUCAGUCAGAAUUCAGAUCUUAUUAAACAUCAAAGGAUCCACACUGGAGAGAAACCCUAUAAAUGUAAUGAAUGUGGAAAGGCUUUUAAUCAGAGCUCCGUCCUUAUUCUGCAUCAAAGAAUUCACACAGGAGAGAAACCCUAUACAUGUAAUGAAUGUAGCAAAACCUUCAGUAGACUUUCAGAUCUUAUUAAUCACCAACGAAUUCACACUGGAGAGAAACCCUACCCAUGUAACCAAUGCAGUAAAAUGUUUAGUCGAAGAUCAGAUCUUGUUAAGCAUCAUAGAAUUCAUACAGGUGAAAAACCCUAUGAAUGUGAUGAGUGUGGGAAAACCUUUAGUCAGAGCUCAAACCUCAUUUUACAUCACAGAAUCCACACUGGAGAGAAACCCUACCCAUGUAGUGCUUGCACUAAAAGUUUUAGUCGUCGUUCAGAUCUUGUUAAGCAUCAACGAAUCCACACUGGAGAGAAACCAUAUUCCUGCAAUCAAUGCAAUAAACGUUUUAGUCAAAGUUCAGACCUUACUAAACAUCAGAGAGUACACACUGGAGAAAAACCUUAUCACUGUGAUAGCUGUGAAAAAGCCUUCAGUCAAAGCUCUGACCUUAUUCUUCACCGGAGAAUUCAUACUGGAGAAAAACCAUACCCAUGCACACAGUGCAGUAAAAGUUUCAUUCAAAACUCAGACCUUACCAAACACCAGAGAAUUCACACUGGGGAAAAACCAUAUAAAUGUAAUGAGUGUGGGAAGACUUUCAUUCAAAACUCAGACCUUACAAAACACCAGCGAAUCCACACCGGAGAAAAACCAUAUAAGUGUAAUGAAUGUGGGAAGACUUUUAAUCAGUGCUCAGCUCUUACCCUACAUCAGAGGUUGCACACUGGGGAGAAACCAUAUCGAAGUGAUCUAUAUGACAGAAGUCUUAGUCAGCUCUCUGAUCUCAUUAACCAUCAACAAAUCCACACUUGUGGAAAACCACACAAGUGUAAUAAUUCAUGUGAUGAAGACUUUAGCACAUGCAUUAAUCUUAUCGAACACCAGGAAACCCACACUGGCGAGAACCCCUACUUGUGUGUUCAGUGCAGUAGAAGUUUUAACCAAAUCUCUGAUCUUAUUAAUCAUGAGAAAAUUCAUCUGGGGGAAAACCAUCUAAAUGUGGCUAGUAUAGGAGCACCUAUAGCCUAUACACCAAAUUUAUUUAAUAACAGAGACACUGUUCCAGAAGACAUUUUUAUAAAUGCUGUUGGUGACUAUGAGAUAGGUCUUAACCAAUGCAUGCCUCUUACAUUACAUUAAAAAAAUCACCAAGAAAGUAUACUAAUUCCAGUUUUACAAUGAAAAUUUAAUUGAAAUUUAAUUCAUUUUACUAAACUUAUUCUGAGAAAUCAUGUAAGUUGUGAAAAAGCUUUCAGUAUGAAUAAUUAUGUCAGCAAAAUGAAGAUAUUCCUGUCUGCUCUUGUGUAAGAAAAUCUCUAAUCCCUUUCAAACAUAAUUCUCUAUGUGAGAGUUUUAGCAUCAUAAGAUGUAUAGCUAUUGAUGCAAUGUUUAUCAACUAUUGUAAAAAUCAGUAUGAUUGGGUUUGCAAUCAUAACUCCAAAAGGAAUAAUUUAGUAUUGUUAUCUCAAACCUUUAUUGAGCACAAGAAAUUAUUUUUGAGAAUGAAACAUUUAAGUCUCUUCCCUAUUUUAUUUGGUUUCACUCAGAUUUUAUACAUAUCUCUUGAUAGCUAAAGAGUCCUACCUUACACUAGUGAUGGUUACAUGUGAUUGAUUUCCUUGCGUGUGUGUGUGCAUGAUAUUAUGUUCCAGUAUUAAACCUGUGAACAACAUAACUCCAGUGUGCUAUUUCAGAAUUUGCAUUUGCUGCCCAUAAAAUUUAGCAGUUAAGAAGUCACUUUUUCAACUAUUUAGCUUAUAAGUCAUACAAUUAGAAAAUAAUUUCAUAUCUGUGUGAAUAUUACUAUGUUUAUAUUCUAUAAUUAAUCAAAAGUGAUAGAAUAAUUCUCAAAUGACAAAUUUGUAUUGUCCAUCUAAAAAUAAAAAGAUUAUUGCCUGA